AAGAAAGUACUUAAAGUUUUUGUCAUUUCAUUUUCUUAUUGUUUCUUAUAUAAGAAUAAAAUGUAGUUUUGGAAAAAUGGUAGUGUUUCUAUAUAUUGCUGUAUUACUUCAAAUUUUUGCACACGCAGUAACUGGCAAAUCGAAAAGCGUCAACUUGGCUCUCGAAACAGUACUAGAAUUUGACAAGUAUAAUCUGGACUCUGACGUAAAGAUCAUAGAUAAUGUACAAAAGUUCCUAUCAAACGUCCGAAAUGUUCUUCAUGCGAAUACAAACAACAGUGGACGUCGAAUGGGCACACCUUAUUUACAAUUCACUGAUUUUCUGUAUUCUUGUAUAGAGACUUUAAAAACUUAUGAUGACGAAAAUUUACAAAAGUUUGCUGAGUCCUUUGAUGAAGAAAUUCGCAAAUAUCAUUACAAAGGAUGUAAGUUUUAUGAGCUCUUAGAGAACAACGACGCCAGACAGUACAUAUCUCGUAAAUUUGAAGAAUUCCGAAAUCAUCCACCCAAAAAACUAAGAAAGGUACUAAAUAAAAUACAAAAGAAGCUUCAGAAUACUAAAAGUCAAAAGGUAAAAGCGAUUAUUAAUCUUAUCAAUUCGUUAUACAGACUCGACUCUCAAAGUAAAUUUCAAACAUUUAUUGAUAAUUUAGAAACCUAUAAAACAAAACGUAAGAAUGCGAUCUCAAUCGAUCUUAAUAAGAUAAUUAAAAACGGUAUAAGAGCUUUGAUAUUUGAUCAUUAUACAAAUUUAAAUCCAAAUGUACGACAAGAUGUGAAAUUUCAAGUGAGUAGCUUUAUAAAUACUGAUGAAAAACCCAUUGAACGAAAUGAUAUUACAACACCUACAUGGAAUUCACAUCACAAGCAACCAACAACGGAAAAUGAGAAGAAUAGCGAGCGAAUUGGUUCAGAACGACACACAUAUAAUGAGAAAAGGGAAGACGACAUUGAGAAACAUAAACAUAGUAAACGACUACAUCAAGAAAGGGAACACGACAUCGAAGCAGAUGUGACAAACAAAUGGUUACUUGAAGAGGUAACUACAGUAAAAUAUAUUAAAAAGAAAAAGCACAGACGUGAUAAACAUGAUAAUUUAAAAUCAGAUAAGAAACACAGAAAACACAAGAAACACAAAAAAAAGAAAGCCAAAUUACGUAAAAAGAAAGAAGCCGUAACUACAAAGCCGAUAAAUCUAUUAUUGAGAAUGACACCGAGUGUACAAGAGAGCCGUCUACCAGAAAAAAAGAAGACGACAAAAUCAAAAAUUAUCAUGAGAGUAAGAGAGGAUAAACCCUUGAGUGAGAUACUUAGUGAGACUGCUGCAGAAGUUUUUGUAGGUGGCGAUACUACGCUCCAAAAUGGACGACCACCUCCGAUUGUGAACAAAGAUUUACAAGACACAAAAGACGUAAUUGGCAGAUUCAGAGCAUCCAAAUCAUCAGAACUGUCACACUCGGAACAAGAUAAAAAAGACGGUUUGAGCAUAGAAACAUGGCGACGCAAAAAAGUUUUACGGAGAAUCAAUCAACCUAAGAACAAUAAAGCUGACAAACAACAGGUAAGACAAGAAACGACGGAAAUAAGGACAACAUUUGCAGAAACAACUUUAGAUCCUAUCGUCCUAAAAAAGAUACAUAAUCUUGAAAAAGAACUAUUACAUGUCAAGAAAAAGAUGCGAAAACAAAAAGCAGAGGAUACAUCUACUUCACGGUCAAGCGAAAGCGAAUCCGAUUGUUCUGAAGAGCAAAAAACUAUUGGCACUACAAAAAGUAGUAAACCCACUAUUUUCAGUAGCGCUACUCCUGUCACUUAUCCUUCAACUUCAACUACUGCGGUAUCAACAACGACUAAUGAAAAAACGACAACCAUGACUGACAGUUCAAGUGAAUCUUCAACUGAGACCGAAGAAGAACAAGAUUCGACUAAUGCUACGACUAUUAAAAUUACUAUUUCCGAAGUUGAAUUAAAAAACUUGACUACUGUAAAAAAACCACUAUCGCGUCCAACUACAACUUUUAAAACGACUGAGGUUGAUCCGCUUAUAAAUACAAAAUUAAUUGAUUCUGUCCUCGAAAAAAACGAAGAUAAUUUAAUUCAAUUCAGAGCCAGUGACGAAACAAAAUCAGUGAGGGCGAAAGGCAGAGUUGAUAAUUCAAGAGACUCGAAAAGGAAUUUAAGCAAAACACCGGCUACAAUUACGGAAAUGACUCAAGGUGUUGUUACAUCAAAAAACGACAUUUACGAGCUUCAAUUUAAUGUUCUAAUUAAAUCCACAACACCAGCGCCAGAGCCAGUAGAUAUAGUAUUUAGAAACCGUAACAAUGAUACCAGCUCAAAGGUUAAGAAUACUACCAAACAUUCAAAACAUAUGACGGACAUACCAAAUAUCGUCGAUGUUAUAAGCGUUCUGAAUUCCACAAUGAGCAUGCAAAAUAAGUUGAAGAGAUUGCAAAGUUUAAGGCGCAAGGUCGAUUUAAUGAGCGAUGACGAUUUUAAUGCUAUUUCUUAGGAAAACUCAACUGACGGAAGGGGUCACAAGCGUCAGAUAUACCAGC